AUGAAAGACAAACAAGAUGGCUCUCUUUGGAAGGAGAAUCCUGAAGAAAUCAAAGAUUCUUUACUGUCUGUUAACGUGUCUGGGAACAAAGCAAAAGUGUUAGGUAAACCAUAUUUGGACGCGAGUGAUUCACCUCAGCAGAAUGUUGACGAAAAUUCUCAAGUUGAAAUGUGUUACAACGACAAGAAAGAUGCUGCUGAAGAAUUCAAAGAUAAAUACCCAGCGCAAUCCAGCAAGUCCCGCUCUUCAUUCUCAGUGGAGCAGGUGUUGCAAUUAGAACGAGUUUUUGAACGACAGAAAUACCUGGGCUCCAGAGACAGGCAAAGGCUUGCAGAGCAGCUUCAGAUGACUGAGACACAGGUAAAAACCUGGUUCCAAAACAGACGAAUGAAACAAAAGAGAAAACGAGCUGAGGACGUCGAACGCAGAACCAAACUAUCAUUCCUGAGUAACCUUGCAUAUUCCAUGCAGCACGGUUUCCAUAGUUACCCACCUGACUGCGACUGUCGUCCUCCCACCUAUCCCGACACUCCUCUGGUGUUGAGAACUGAGCUGCCGUCAAAGUACGCGUGUUCCUCAGUCUCGCCUUGGAGUACUCUGCCUUAUUAUCCACCACCACCAUAUUGGGGAAGGUACCCAGUACCAUAUUGAUCAUCAUCAGGAGCCCCCGGGCAAUUUAGUUCCUUUGCUUAGGGUGCAAUUGUUUUCUAGGCGGGCUAUAA